CUCCGAACUUCUCCCUCUCCCGCCAGCGACCUCACGACCAAUUCGACAUCUGUCUCGACUUCGCAGACAGCCUUUCGGAUUACAUACCGUCAACAUGGCCGACCGCGAGCAACCUGUUACGCUGAGAACGCGCAAGUUCAUCCGCAACCCUCUUUUGGGCCGCAAGCAGAUGGUCAUUGACGUCCUGCACCCAAACCGCGCCAACGUGUCCAAGGACGACCUCCGUGUCAAGCUCGCUGAGCUGUACAAGUGCACCAAGGACCAGAUCAACGUCUUCGGUCUCCAGACCCAGUACGGUGGCGGCAAGACCACCGGCUUCGCCCUCGUUUACGAUUCCCCAGAGGCCCUCAAGAAGUUCGAGCCACACUUCAGACUUGUCCGUGUCGGUGCCGCAGAGAAGAUCGAGAAGCCAUCCAGAGCGCAACGCCAUCAACGCAAGAACAGGCUCAAGACCCUCCGCGGAACGGCCAAGGUCAAGGGACCCAAGAAGAAGAAGGAGGAAUAAACUAUUCGCCUUGUGUAUGGAGCAUACGGUGGUUUGGUUGCGGUGGGUGUUGGGUUGUUCUGGAAGACUGGCAUCGUGUAUUCGCAUUGCAUCAGUCUCCUUCUGUUGUGGUAGCAGAGAUUAAGGAAACGAAUCGGGACAUGAUGGCAUGAAUUCGAUCGCUCCGCUGGCCCAAUACCAUUUCAACUGAGGUUUACAAAGCGUUUGCUGGCUCUGUGUGUUUGUGUGACAGUGAUUUUCCCCUCGUGUCUUUGCUGAUGGAAAAGUGUAUUCUAUUGACAGAAAUAUUUUACGAAUGGACAACUUCGUGGAUACAA